AUGUUUGAACGUCAGAUUCGAACAGAAAUAGUAGUAGUACUGCCCACGAAUACCACAACAGCGGACUAUGGCUAUGGCCCGUUCCGGCAGCCCGAUAGAUUAUUCCCAGAAAUACCGGGAAUAGUGGUAUCAAGCCCACUUUGGGAUUAUAAUCCGAGGAAAAAGCAGUUUAGACUCUGCUGGUCCGGCUACGAGAGCCGUCACCCGGAUUGGGAUAGUCCGUCAAUUUGCGAUAAGAGUCGUCGAGACACAAGUGCGCUCGCGCGUGGGUUGACUUGGAUACCUCAAAACUCGUGGGAAGGGCCUGUCGACAAUCUGGUUACGCUCAGUGAAUAUGAUAACAGAGGCCACGCAUUCUACAAAUAUAUCACUGUGGCAAAGCUAGAUGACGGAACUAUCAUGAUGGAUUUUGAUAUACUUGGGCAAGGGGGAGAAGGGCUUCCGUCCGUAUAA